AGGGCAGGGAAAAAAAAAAAUGGUUUAAUUUAUCUUUCUAGACUCAAAGCCUAACGGGCGUGCCCUUACCAGUUUGCAGUUGGAUAGGCAGCCAUAUCUUCAUCGACUGAAACUCCCGUGGUGGAUUACCGUCAUUUUCACCCGCGCCGAUUGCAGCUUCAAGAGGCCCGCUCUCUGCCCGCAGGAGGAGGAAAGAAUAACAGGUACUUCAAAUGCAGUGACCUGGUCACUGUUUUCUGUUUUGAACAUCAUGAUUGCACCAACAAUUUGACAUUGAUAACAGUGCACGAAUGAGAAGGAAAUAGAGAAAGUGUAAUGGCUUGAAGGAUUUAUUUACAGAAGGGGAAGAAGGAGCUUAGUUCGAUUUUUCAGGUCAAGCUGAAUGAUUUGUUGGGUUCAGUCACAUUUACCAGAAUUGAAUUUGCAACUGACUUAAAUUUCUUGAUGAAUUCCCUGUGUUUCUCUUCUUCCCCACCUCUUUUCCCAUCACUUUGCCAGCGUCCCCUACAUUAUACCACACCACAAUGUUGUUAUUUUGGUUCUAACGACCAUCGUCAAUGCAAACGCCAUUUCUCUCGUUCUUCUCUAUCCUAUCCCUACACUGCAUCUACCUUAUCAAAUUUCCAUUUGUCGUAUAUGGGUGCAAAUGCUCUGUCAAAUGAGGGGACAGUCCCUGUUAUGAAUUUUGAGGAACUCAUAGAGAAAGAUUGGUCCUUUCUUGAGAUGGAUGAUAAUCCUCAAGUGGGCCACAAUGUCGGACGCAUAAUAUCUGCAGGAGAAUUAGAGAGCACCUCCAAGGUUUUGGUUUCUUUUGGUUCUGAAGGUUUUGUAGAUAGGUUGGUCGACACGUCAAGCUGCCAGCUUCUGCUUGUUGUCCAUGAUUCACUUCUUGUGCUGGCUUGUAUUAAGGAAAAAUAUGACAAAGUUAAGUGCUGGCAAGGUGAACUGAUAUAUGUUCCAGAAAAGUGGGCACCUUUUGAUGUGGCGUACAUUUAUUAUCUGCCUGCUUUACCGUUCUCCCUUGACCAGGUUUUUGAAGCACUAGCCAAGCGAUGCCUCCCAGGUGCCAGAGUUAUCAUCAGUCAUCCUCUAGGGAGGCAAGUCCUGGAGCAGCAGCGGCAAGAAUUCCCCGACUGCAUAGUCUCUGAUUUGCCUGAUAAGAUGACCUUAGAGAAGGUUGCAGUUGCCCAUUCCUUUGAAAUGGCGGAAUUCGUAGAUGAGCCUGGAUUUUAUCUUACUGUCUUGAAGUUCAAUGGGGCAUGAUUACGUCUUCUGUAAUGUUAGAGGGACCACUCAUUGUAAUAUAUGAAAUUUGAUCAAGUAAAGUAAAUUCA